AUGCCCUCCAAAGUGCAGAUCCAUGCCGUAGACCAGACUCCCUUCCCCGAUCAGUUUGACCGGCUGCCUGAUUCUCUCGUGCUCCUCAUCCUCAACAAAGUCUCCGACGUCCGUUCCCUCGGCCACUGCUGCGCCGUCUCUAAGCGCUUCAGCUCGCUCGUCCCCUUCGUCCAGGACAUUUACCUGAAGAUCGACCGGGUUGUCGCUGGCGACGGCGACGGUGACGAGGGGCUAAACCCCUCCUCCGUGAAGCCCUCCAACUUCUUCUGCAACUUCCUCAAGUACGUCAUCUUCGCCAUCCUCAGGCCGCUCCAUCAUCUCCGCAGCGCCGCCUGCGGGUACAGGCCCCUCCUUCCCCAGCUCAGCCACCACUCCCCCGCCCGCGUGCUCAAGAACUUCGGGCACGUCCGCAACCUGCGAAUCGAGCUCCCGGCCGGCGACGUGGGUACGGAGGAAGGGGUGCUCCUGAAGUGGAGGGCCGAGUUCGGGAGCACCCUGCAGAACUGCGUCAUUCUCGGAGGCACGCGCAUGGAUCGCAGGGCGAGUGAGUCACCGUCGCCGGCACCGGCGCCGGAGGACAACGGGAGCAUCCCCGAAGCGUUCUACACCGACGGCGGGCUGAAGCUGCGCGUGGUCUGGACCAUCAGCUCUCUGAUCGCCGCCUCCACGAGGCACUACCUUCUGCGGCAGAUCAUCAAGGAUCACCCAACUCUGCGGAGCCUGAUAUUGACGGAUGCAGACGGGCAGGGAACCCUGAGCAUGGGGCAGGAGCAGCUGAAGGAGUUCAGAGAGAAGCCGCUGGCGGCGUCGGCCUCGUCGAACCGAACCCAGGUGCCGGCCUCCCUCUUGAAACUACGGUACGCUUCCCAUUUGCUGCUCCCCGACGGCAUCAGCAUGCAAGGCGCCACGCUGGUGGCCAUCAGGCCUUCGCCGGAGAGCGGCGGCGGUGCUGCCCCCGGGAGGAAGGAAGCUGAUUCCUUCCUCUCCGGGGCCUUCGAGGAGCCAUUCGGCGCCGCAGUGAAAGCCCUCUUCAAGAGGCGCAUCUACCUCCUGGAGAUGAACAGCUUCUGA